UAGCACUUUGCACACCCAUUGCUGCUAACGAUUAGAAUUUCUGAAAUGGGUAAAAGGCGGUGUAUAUUGCCAAUAAAUAUACAACAAAAAUGGUAUAAAAUACUAUUUUUAGUACUUAGGAUUGCAAGCAUCCACGCUUGUCGUUAUUCUACACGGCCGGCCUCAAUGCACAAAUUCAUCUCAAUGCUACGGAGACACAGAGACAUCGAAGAUGAGCGGAGGCGGAAGAGUUGUGUGCGUCACGGGAGCUUCAGGCUACGUAGCCUCAUGGCUGGUGAAGCUAUUGCUGCAGCGUGGUUAUACUGUCAAAGCAACUGUUCGCAACCUCUAUGAUCCAAAGAAAAUACUUCACCUAAAGGCACUUGAAGACGCAGAGGAAAGGUUACAGUUGCUCCAAGCCGACUUAAUUGAAGAUGGAUCAUUUGAUUCCGUGGUUGAUGGUUGUGAAGCUGUCUUUCAUACAGCUUCCCCUGUUCUCUUUUCAACAACUCACCCACAGGCACAACUGAUAGAGCCGGCAGUGAAAGGAACACUUAACAUCCUUAGAUCCUGCAGCAAAGUAACAUCCGUUAAGCGAGUGGUGGUGACAUCCUCUACUGCGUCACUCGUUUUCAACAGAAAAACAAAAGGACCUGAUGUUCUAAUUGACGAAACUUGGUUUUCAGACCCAGAUUUUUGUGAAGAAAACAAGCUAUGGUAUCCCCUUUCAAAGACGUUGGCAGAGAAAGCUGCUUGGAAAUUUGCUGAAGAAAAUGGCAUUGACUUGGUAGUAAUGCAUCCUGGCUUUGUGCUUGGUCCUCUCCUUCAGCCAACUCUCAAUGCCACUUCUGAGUUUUUCUUGGACCUGAUCAAAGGGAAGGAACUGUUCCCAUGGUAUCCUUUCGUGGACGUUAGAGAUGUUGCUUAUGCUCACAUUAUGGCUUUCGAGAAUCCUUCAGCUGCUGGCAGAUACUGUCUAGUUGAAAGAGUAUUACAUCAUUCUGGAUUUCUGCAAAUUUUGAAGAAGCUUUAUCCUUCCCUCAACAUUCCGACAAUAAGUGCAGCAGAGAAUCCAACCCAUCAGGUCUCCAAGGAGAAAGCAGAAAGCUUGGGCAUCAAGUUCAUGCCUAUGGAGGUCAGCUUCAAGGAUACUGUUGAGAGCUUGAAGGAGAAAAACUUUCUCACUUUAUAAAAAUCACAUUGCUAUGUAUAAUUGAUUCAGAUCUACAGCCCAAACACUCAGUGGCUUCACUUUUGCAUCAUUAGAUGAUGUAAUUUGACUAUAUUUUAGCUCAGCAAACUUGAAACUCACAAUAAAAUGCAAGCAAAUAUAUAUCACAAUUUUA